CCAUGUUAGAAAACUUGAAGCAUGUCUAGUUCAACUAAAUUUGUAGAAACUUGCAUUGCUAUAAAGCUAUUAGAAUCUUUAAAGGUAGUUAUUCUCUCCUUUGUCAUCAUAGUGCUGAAGGCAUUGUCCUCUGAAAAGUCGAGCACUUCAACUCUCAUUGUCAUAGAUUCCAGUUUUAUUUUAUUGGAUAUCUUGCAGGUAGGGAAAUUAGCUGAUCUUGUGGUGUGGAAACCAUCGUUUUUUGGGGCGAAACCAGAAAUGGUGAUCAAAGGAGGGGUAAUAGCUUGGUCAAACAUGGGAGACCCGAAUGCUAGCAUCCCAACUCCUGAACCGGUGUUAAUGAGGCCUAUGUUUGGAGCAUUUUCCAAGGCUGCAAGUACUAAUUCAAUUGCUUUUGUCAGCAAGGCAGCUCUGGAUGCUGGAAUAAAACACUCAUAUGGACUAAAUAAGAAGGUGGAAGCUGUAAGUAAUGUGAGAAACAUAAGUAAACUAGACAUGAAGCUCAACGAUGCACUUCCUGACAUCAAAGUCGAUCCGGAGACAUACACGGUGACCGCUGAUGGAACAGUCCUGACAUGCACGCCAGCUAUUACUGUUCCGCUCUCGAGGAACUAUUUUCUUUUCUAGUGGUAACUAUUUAUACUCCAGUAGCUUUUGGUUGGGUACUUUUGAUAUGAGAUAUAACUCAACAGAUUUUCGUUUUCUCGACUUGCAUGUAAUGUUUACUAGGUUUCAACUGCUUCAACGUUUACUUUUCCCCUUA